UGUAUGUGCGUGCCAUGCACUACAUAUGUAUUUACGGGACCCCGUAUUUACGUGUACAUAUUAUGUGUAGGCCUACGCACGUACGUCGUCCACAGACUUGAUCCUCGUGUUUUGGAACUGAAUUGAAGGGGGUAGAUGCAGCAUGUAUACCCAUUAAACUUUUGUGAGAGUGUGAGUAUUGCAUCAUGGGUGGCUGCUGUUGCAAUAACAACGAUGCUACAGAAGAUGAUGGUGAGGAAAAAUGCAUCAUAGCUGAUGACGAAGAGCAGGAGCCAUCGUCCAAGGGUUAUGGCUCUGUGUCAACAGUGGAGGAUAAACAUGAACUACAGUAUCAAGAACCACCCGACACAAAUAGGAACGUGAAACAAAGCCCUAGCACAGAUGAGCUUACACAGUCAGCAGAACCAUCAUCUGAUGAACAGUCAUCUACCAUUGAUCUCCAUGUAUCAAAGAGCGGUAUAUCACUCCAGCAAACCUCAGAAGGUCAAGCUUCUGAGACUGAGGUGACUAGCAAUCUUGAUGAAGCAGUCAGUGAUGAUAUGUCACAGGGUGAUGUGGAUAGGGAGAUAGAUGAGUUAGUGGCAGCAGCAAUGGCUGCCAAGGUUGUCUAUCCACCAAGUGCUGCUCAGGAGGAAUCUUCAUUGUGUCGAUCUCCUAAACCAUCUGCUGGCCAUGAACCAUCUACCAUAUCAACCCAGGACCUUGCAGCAUCAGACCAGGAUGAAGACAGCGAUCAAGAGGCCACACCUUCUAAAGGCCUAUCACUCAUUAAGAAAACACAGCUGUCAUUCAAGAGAGCCAAGGCUAGGGCAACAUCCAUGGUCUCGAUGCCUUCUAAGAGUAGCAGUGGCGAGCAGAUUGAAAAGCAACGCAAAAGUCUUCAAGAGAAAAAAACAUCUCGGCCGGACAAAAAAAAGUUCAGCAUGGAGGAAAGAGCCAUGGAGGGAGAUGUCAAGAAGCCAUUGUAUUCAAAGAAAAACAGCAGGGAGUCGCAGACUACCGGUACUGCCAGCAAAGUAGGAACUAAGGCAGGUAAAAAGAAAACGGGAUUUAUUCCUGGAGAACGGAUGAGAUCUCACUAUGCUAAAGAUCGAGUUGGCAAGUUUGAGGUUGAACGAGAUGUUAGAGAAAAAAUGGCAGCUCAUAAAUCAGCAAGUGACCCAAGAAAGGCUGCAUUGGAACGGGGGGAACGUCUUGGCCAACUUGACGAUACCAUCCAAGAUAUGAGAGAUCAUUCCUCCUCUUUUGCUCAGGUAGCACGACAACUUCGGGAUGAACAACGAGGCAGAACAUCCACGUUUCCAUGGUGAUAAGAAACUAGUACAGAAUUUUUAAUCCAAAAUUUAAAAGUUUCUCACAGCCUUCGGUUGGGAACAUUUUAUCCAAAAUGGUUCAGUUUGGGUUCGGCUGCUAAGAGCAAAUUGGGGAGUGGACUACAGUUAACCAUAACUGGACUAGCUUCACUCAAAGAAUGAUGGUUGGACUACUCCAGUCAGAUAUUUAGAACUGGACUACUGGGCACUGUUCCAUCACUGGUUACCUAUAGCCGUGUGCAUCAUAAAUCACAACGGGGGACCAGGACCAAGAGGUUCAGUGAUGACACUUUGACCAGCAUUUGACUAGAGGUGUUUGCACGUUGCUAUUACUGCGCAGGCAUAAGUUACCGGUACCUCACAAAUCAACCACUAGUGAAUAUCGAUCCUCGCCCUUACUUGCUCAAAUUUGAACAUCAAAGCGAGUUGCUACGGCCAUAGACCUGUUAAUCACCUGUAUGCCCUUUGCAGGACCCAGUCACAUGCCAUAAUAAACCUGCCCAUGCCACACUGUCACUGCUUCAUAGCAACAAUUUUAAAAAAACAAUAAAUAUUUUAUGUGCUUGAUGUGGAAAACGCAUCCAUAUUGCCCAUUUCGUCUUUAAUACUAAAAAAUGCUUCUCAACAACAUUUGGACAUUACCGGUAUACAUUUGUUCACAUUGAUGUUGAUUGAGAGUGCAUGAAGCAUGGCUAAAUCAGUUUUAAAAACUUGUUGCUCGACGUGACCUCUAAUUUGUGUAGCAGUUGUGUAGACUGGAUUUUGGCCAAAUAAAGAUGCUAGCUAGAACGGUAUAAGGAACGUGAGCCAGCUAGUCCUUGGCAAUGACAGCAUGAAAUAUGUCAUACAGUGCAUUUCUGAAAAGAUCUAAAACUGAAGAUUUCAGUUGGAAUGUUCCUAUUCUGUAUUCUUUACAUAUGUUUUUUAAUGUAUUUAUUUUAAGUAUUGGUCAUACCAAUACCUUGGGUUGUCAUGGUGCUUUGUCAGGAACAUUUGUACAACUUGGUUUGAAAUCUGUGGUGCUAAGUCGUCCAUGACUGCAGGAAUGCAAAUAAGGAUAUUAAUGGAAACCACCAUCUAUAUCGUAACUACACAUACAGACAGGUAGUUAAGUAUACAAUUUCAAUGUACAUGUAUUAGCCCGAUAGUUUUAUGGUUUUUUUACAUUUGCCCUUCACAGUCAUCUUAUGGGCUCAGUGCACAAGUACCCCUUCAAUGACCAGAAAAGGAGAUCUGGGGGAGACCUACAAUCCUGGCCAAAUCUCGCUGGGCCCCCAACCCCCCGGCCCCCGCUCAAUGUUGUCUCUCAUUGCGCGCUGUGUGCUUCAUCAGCUGGAUAGAACAACAUUGACCGGGAGAGCGGGGGAGUGGGUGAUCGUGGGAGGCUAAGGAAGUGUCCCAAACAUUUUGGCCAGGAUUGUAGACUGGUUCCCGAUCCAUCUACUGCAUAUUUUGAAUGAUAACAAGUUAUUGGGGCGGGGAUUAGUCUGGGAGACCAGGCAGACAACAUGACUUUGGGAUAUUAUGCACAGGCCUCCAUGUAGUUGCUGUCCAUUGAUGAACACUACCUUGAAGGUGGAAACAAAAUGUAUGCAUAGAUUCUUUGUAUUGCAGCCAUCUAGGAGGUUUGUACUUCUGUUCUCGGUGAUAAAUAUGCAUGAGUAGGCCUCUGUGCGUUCCCGGUGAUAAAUUUGCAUGAGUAGGCUUAUGUGCGUUCGUAAUAUAAAGAAACUUCAAGGAUGGCUGCUAGCUGCAAAGGGUCAAUAAUAAAACAUCCCACCUUACUUGGCGAAGGGUGAGCAGUUUGUAAAUAAAAGAUAAUUAUGUUUGGACAUGAAAAUGCUGUUUAAACCUUGAGAGGCCUUGUCAUUCACAUUUCAGGUAUCUGGUGUAAACUGAUUAACAUAAUUUCAGUGGAAUUUGACAUGUGUGCCUUUUAUUAUAAAUAUAGGCUGCAGAGUUUGAAAUGGGAAAUUUCAAUGAUGUGUCAAAGUCAUCAUGCUAUUUAACACAUUUUUUUAUUGCAGCUGUUCUUGUUUUUCUUGACCAUGGUCAGGAGAGGGUUAUAACAUUCAGGCACGUAGUACUGUUUACUCCUUGUGCAAUGGUGUUGAUCUUAAUUUGAAAUGCUGACAUCACCAUAACAUCUUCAUUAGUCGUGACAAACACACUUGCACUGUACCAAGUUAAAAUUCAUUCAAUAAAUUAAUACAUGUACUUGAUAAUGGAAAGCUGGUCAAAAUUGAACUUCCAUUAAAAAUUAAUUUUCUAAUAUCACGAGUUAGGAAAAUUAAACUAUUCAUGAAUUGAAAUUUGAAAAUUCAACUUGAGGCAGUGCAGUAUAUUAAGUGAAGUGUGCUUUUGAGAAAAACAGAAUCUUUGGCAAUCUUUCAAACACAGACCCACCAAAAUAAGGAGAAAACAUUGGCUUGUUGUAAUUUAGGAGAAAAUUAAAGUAUAAUUGAUAUCUGAAAUUAAAUAUUAUUUGACAUUGAUGAUACAAGUAUCAAACAAGGCUGAUUCAAGCUAGCACUCAGUUUGGGGAUUUACAGUAAUCCUGCAUGUCUAAAUUUUAGUCUGAAUCUGAUGCUGUGUUGAUGUGCAAAUAUACCGCUGAAAAUGAUGCUGGCUUUACCUUGUAUUCAAAGAUAUUUGCUUUUUUUUUCACUAUUUUCUCAAACAGUACUACCAUCUGAAGGUGCAAGUUUUAUUUGGAACACCAAAUAUUAGUGUAUGGUUUCACUUGCUAUGGUACUCAACAAUUUCGCAGCUUAGUUUUUUAACAUCCCGCAUUGGAUUUAACUGUUGUUAUAACAGAACAAAAAAAGUUUCUUGACUUCUUUUCUAAGAAGAAGAAGAGGCGUUUUUUUUAAUUUUCGUUUUCGUUCUCAGUAAAUGUCUAAGUACCAAACACUGCUUAGUCUAGCCACAGACUCAUUGGGGUUUUCACAAACAUAAAUGUGCAUUAUUUGGUCCAAAGGGAAGAAUUUAAUU